AUGACGACGACGGGACAACACAUCAGCGACAACGACAAUGGCCACGUGUCGACGGACAACAAUGGACGACAACGACACAACACGUCAGCAGCGACAACAACACAACACAUCAGCAAUGACGACGACAGCCACACAUCGACAGACCACGAUGACAACAAUACGUCAACAGAUGACGACGACGGCCACACAUUGACGGACGCUGAGGAUGAUGACCACGUCAACUGUCGACGUCAACGAGCCCCCUCUCUUUUCUCUCCCCCUUCCUUUGUCCUCCCCUUCCCUGUCCCUCCCCUCCCUCUUCCCCCUUCUCUAUUCAUCCCCUUCCCUGUCCCUUCCCUGUCCCUCCCCUCCCUCUUCCCCCUUCUUUAUACAUCCCCCUUCCCUUUUUCCCUCCCUCUUCCCUCCCCCUUCCCUUUUCCCUCCCUCUUCCCUUUUCCCUUGCCCAUCCCCUCCCUCUCUAGUAUACACUCUGAAGCCCCAGAGGGAAGGAGGAGGCAAGAAUGGGUGGAUCUGAGAUCAACACCCAUGAUGCAAGAGGAUGGCAAGACUGCUGACAAGCUGGUGGUUCAAGACUAA